CUAAAAUAUAAACAAGAAUUACAGCAUCCAAGACUCUUGUCCGAAAUAUUCUACCUUUUUAUACGCCGAUUUGUAAAGAUCCAAAAUAUUCAUUUACUUGCCCUGCCAUAGACCAACCUUUUUAUGCCUUGCCAUAGAGUGGUCCUUCACUUGACUUAAUUAGUUAAACUAUGAUAGUCGAUCUUCAAUUUCGGGCUAUCCUAUUUUUCUUCUUUGUUACUCUUUCUGCUCUUGGAGAGGACUUACUAAGCUGCGAGUCGAAAUGUCCAGUUGCUUCUGGCUAUCGAUGUGACCGUAACGUGCAUCCGUUACAAUGUGGGACAUUUGCAAUUCUUCGGACUAAUUCAUUUUACUAUUCUCUUUUCAAUCUGAGCUCUUAUUUGGGUAUCAAUCGAUACGUUCUUGGAGAAGCAAAUGGAUUUUCUCCAGAUACAGAGUUUCUUGCAAUUGAUCAGCCUUUAAUAAUUCCAUUAGAUUGUAAAUGCAUUGGUGGUUUAUUUGAAUCAGAGAUAACGAAAACCACUAUUAAAGGUGAGAGCUUUUACAGCAUUGCUCAAUCUUUAGAAGGUUUAACAACUUGCAAAGCAAUUCAGGAGAAAAACCCAAAUGUUACUCCUUGGGGUCUCUCUGAGAAAAUUCUAUUGUCGAUUCCAUUGAGAUGUGCUUGUCCUUCUCCAGAUGAAAUUAGUCUGCAGACGAAACUUUUGCUCUCAUACCCCGUGAAGCAAGGCGAUACGCUUGCAGCUUUAGCAAUCAGCUUCAAUACAACUGCUGAAAGAAUAAUUGACGUCAAUCGAAAAUCAGGAGGAGGGAGUUUUAGCCUUUCACCAGCUUCAACUCUUUUGAUUCCUCUCGAAGGUAAACCCAAACUUGGAUCAUUCACGAAACCUCAGCAACCGAAUUUGGGAUAUCCAGCAGCAAGCAUCGCGUCAUCCAAAAUACAUAAAAAGAAGUCCAAAAUGAGGAUGAUGAGAGUUUAUAUUGCUGUUGCUGUGGUUGCCUUCGUGGCAAUUGUCGCACUUGCAGCAGUUCUCCUGUUUUAUUUCCUCAAGAGGAAAAGGGAUAAUUCGCGUAAGGAAGGAGAUACGGAGCUACAAAAGUUAAGUUUGAGUGUGAGAACUACGAGUGAAAAGAAAGUUUCAUUCGACGGGUCACAAAAUGAUCUUGAUGGUCAGAUUAUUGAUGCCACCUCACAUAAGCUAUUGGUUGAGACCUAUACUAUUGAGGAGAUAAAGAAGGCAACAGAGGAAUUAGAUUCCUCAAACCUUAUCGAGGAUUCUGUAUUCCAUGGCCGGAUCAGUGGUAAAAAUUUGGCAAUCAAACAGAUGGAGACUUGCAGUAUAUCAAAAGUAGAUUUUGGGUUAUUUAAUGAUGCGAUUCAUCAUCACCCGAAUAUCAUUAGGCUCUUAGGGACGUGCGUGACAGAGGGCCCUGAUUCAUUCUUGGUGUUUGAAUACGCGAAAAAUGGUUCAUUAAAGGACUGGCUUCAUGGUGGUCUAGCAAUGAAAAACCAAUUCAUUGCUUCAUGUGAUUGUUUCUUGACAUGGAAUCAGAGGCUAAGGAUCUGUUUAGAUGUAGCCACUGCCUUGCAAUUUAUGCACCAUAUCAUGGAUCCUAUUUAUGUUCAUCGAAAUAUAAAGAGCCGGAACAUUUUUCUUGAUGAGGAAUUCAAGGCUAAAGUUGGUAAUUUUGGCAUGUCUCGAUUUGUUGAAGAUGAUGUUGCAAAAGGUUACCUGGCUCCAGAGUGUCUGAAACGAGAAAUCAUUGCCCCGAGCAUUGAUAUCUUUGCUUUCGGGGUGAUAUUGCUUGAGGUGUUAUCAGGCCAAACACCUACAAGUAGUUGCAAUGGAACUGAAGGAGAAGAUGAAGUAGCACUCUCUGAGAAAAUAAAGGUCAUUUUGGAGUCAGAGAACGCAGAGGAGCUAAGGGAAUGGGUAGACAGUGCAUUGGGAGAGAAUUAUUCAUUUGAUGCAGCGGUGACAUUGGCAAAUUUGGCUAGAGCAUGUGUGGAGGAAGAGCCGUCAUUAAGACCAAAUGCUGGUGAAAUUGUGGAGAAGUUGUCAAGAUUGGUUGAAGAAUUACUGGAAGGGGAGGAGCAACUCAUACUCUCUGAAAGCUCUUGCAAACCUUUGUUCAAGGCUGAAGCCACCAGUACUACCAUGUGAUUUUUGUGAAGUGUAAAGUGACUAGUUUUUCAGGUGUUUAACUUGUUGUAAGGUUUUUAUGAGUCAUAAUUUCUGGAUUUCCUAUGUCCUAUGUACUCAAGGCAAUAUAGGAGAAGAGAGUUUAUUCUGUUUAUUGUUACUGUUACUUGUAAAUAGUAUGUACUUACUGAGCAACUAUAUAGCUACUUUUAAUCAACAGUAAUCUUCUUAUGUAGCUACUGUUAUCAAUCAAUUUUCAGUUCAUCUCCCAAAUAUAUUCCGACUUUCUAAUAAAAAGUUCUUGAUUCAAAGGACACCCCAAAAGGUAAAACGAAA